CUGGUAUGGAGGAUCGAAACGAAAGGGGGGGUAAAGUUGGAUGCGAGAAGGUUGGGAAGGGGGGAAAAGGAGUAUGUGAAAUGAAGUCCAAGACGUGGAGGGAGUUUAGAAGCGCGCGCGUCAGGAACGGAACAGGGGGUUAUUAAGUGGAUAUGAUAGCACGGAUGGGGUGGUCCUUGCGCUCAGAGUAAUUAAGAGUGGACAAGGCGAGGAACAAAAAUCACCGAAGAUUUCAAAAGAUUGAUUGUAUAGAAGCUUUGAUGACGGAGACCAGGACCGGCCGGGAUCUAAGUAAUAACUAUAAAAGGGGGCAGCGAGGACUCGAGCGAUGGCUGGAGGGGAAAAUCGGCAAAAUUGCAGACACCGUCGCACUACUGGAGACCGGCCAGGUAGGGAGGGACCACUUUUGGGUUAUUGAGUCCGAUGGGGAUGGAUGGAUAAUGACAGGGGCUGCACGAUCGGCGGGGAUGACGAUGGCAAGCGCUGGGGGGGGAUCGAAGUGGGAUGCAGGGCCGUCCGCGGCUUUAAUUUCUUGUCGCAGGUAUAGAAGCAGCCGUAGAAAAGCGAUGGAAGCGAUGGCGAAGGAAGAGGAGCAGAUGGAUAGAUGGAUGGAGGGUACUGGGUGUCAGGUCUGUGUCAAAGAAUAGUCAAUUUGGGUAAGUUGAAACUCAUCCAUGGGUGGUUCGGGUGCUCCAUGAUUGCCUUGGAGGGUAAAUAGUGCAGCUCCAUCGUCC